GCGGCGUCCAACCCGACGAUCCCGCGGCGCACUGUUCUCAAGGUCCUCGACGUCCUGGGGCUCUUCUGGCUCAGCUGGGCGCUGAAAGGAAAGCGGAGGGGCCGCGCCGCCCGGUCAGCGCGGGGGCUCCAUUGCGAGGUCGCGUCGGAC